AUGACACAGCGCUCCCGAGAUCGUUCUCGCUCGCCGCCACGCUACCGUGAGCGUAGCAGAUCACCAAACAACCGUGACCGCGACGAGGAUCGCUACCGCCGCGAUCGCCGUGACCGCUCGCCACCAGCAUCGAACGGCCACCACCACGACGACCGCUCCUCUCGCCCACCGCGCUCGUACGGUGAAGCGCGUGGCUACGACUCCCGCGGCCCACCGAAAGAAGACAUGAUCAAGAACGUAAAUGAGUCCUCGCAGCAGGACCGCCGCGUUUACGUCGGCAACCUCUCCUACGACGUCAAAUGGCACCAUCUCAAAGAUCACAUGCGCAAGGGUAAGCCAGAAGUCAAACACGACUCCUAGCAUUGAUAUGAUACUGACUGCUUGCAGAUGGCACUCUCGACGUCAUCUUCGCGGACGUACUACUACUUCCAAACGGAAUGAGCAAGGUAAUUUGAUCUGGGCUAUUUGCUACCACAGGUAUUAUGAGGGCACGGGUUGACAUAGGACUUCUUGUUCGGGUUAUAGGGAUGCGGGUAAGCACAACAUCUGGAUGUGAAAACUUCGCCACAGCAGCUAACCGACUCGCAGAAUUGUUGAGUACGCCACGCGCGACCAAGCACAGACAGCUAUCAACUCUCUGAGCAACACGCCGCUUAUGGGUCGGCUGGUCUAUGUUCGCGAGGUGAGACACCAAAGGCUUCCUUAACAAGACAUAACUGACGCAGCGCAGGAUCGUGAGACUGAGCCUCGCUUCUCAGGUGGAGGACGCGGAGGAGCGAUGGCUGGCGGCUUUGGUGGUCGCGGCGGCCACGGCGGGGCAUAUGGCGGCGGCCCAGGCGCGAUGCAAGGCGGUGCAAACCGCCAGAUCUUCAUCUCCAACGUUUGUGCUCUUCUUCCUCACUACACGAAUGCUGGCUAACACUAGCGCAGCUCCCAUUCACCGUUGGCUGGCAGGACCUCAAGGAUCUCUUCCGUCAAGCAGGUGGGUCAAAUAUGUAUCCACGCAAAUCACCGACACUGCAUACUGACCUUUCUCUUUCAGGCAAUGUCCUCCGCGCGGAUAUUCACCAAGCCUACGACGGCAACCCCAAGGGCACCGGCGUUGUCCAAUUCGACACCCCAGAUGAUGCCCAGAACGCCAUCCAGAUGUUCAACGGCUACGACUGGCAGGGACGCGUUCUUGAGUGUCGCGAGGACCGUUACGCGAAUAACCAAGGCUUCGGAGGCCGCGGCGGACAUGCCGGCGGCGCCGGCGGCUUCGGUCGUGGAGGUUUCGGAGGACGCGGAGGCUUCGGUGGAGGAUUCGGAGGACGCGGAGGCUUCGGUGGAGGCCGUGGCGGGUAUGGCGGAGGCUACGGCGGUGGAUAUGGAGGCGGCUACGGUGGUGCUCCAGGCGGUUACGGUGCAGCAGCUGGUGGUCCGCCACCUGCCCAGCCUGUCCCGCCAAAUGACUUCACCGACGGUGUCGCUGCUGGUGGCGAGCCAAACCCGACCAUCCACGUCAAGAACGUGAGUUAUCACACGAGUCGUUGCAACAUCACAGACGCUAACAAGCAAACAGCUGCCAUGGAGCACUAGCAACGAAGACCUCGUCGAGCUUUUCCAGACCAUCGGUGCUGUCGACCGCGCUGAGAUCCAGUACGAACCGAACGGUCGCUCUCGCGGCUCCGGCGUCGUCCGAUUCUCCUCCCAGCCGGAUGCUCAGACUGCUAUCGACAAAUUCCAGAGCUACUCGUACGGUGGACGUCCUCUCGGUCUCGACUACGCACUCUACCCAGGCGCCGCCAUGGAAGGUCAGGAGGUGACGGGCAUGACCCAGGACCAAAUGAUGUAA